UAACUAGAUAUAUAGCUUGCAAUAACACAGAUGCGUAAUCAAAGGCUACCAUGCCACUUUGUUCUAAGGGAUUUCUCUGAUAUUGCUCUACCCUUACCAUAUUCCAAAUCUACUCCUUGUAACCAAUACAGUUAUCCUCUAUACCUAGCAUGGCAUACUUAUUGGGAGAGGGUCUAGAUUAUGCCUUGGGGUUCUCUUGGUUCAGCUGACUAAGGGAGAACACUGUUUGUGCUUCAGACUGGGGGAAGCACCCCAAGUUCUUGUAGUGGGUCAAGUACCCUUAAGGGCUAAUAGGUUUGUGUUUCCCAGAGGACACAGGUCCAGGAUCAGUCCAGACUCCAGGUGGUAGCAGAGUUACCCCCAGGCUAGCGGAUAUGCUUCAGGAAGGGGGUCGGCCAGAUGUGAGGCGCCCCCAGUGAGGCACUUGGAGCCUGGAAGGUGGUCAGGUGCAGUGAGGUGGAUGGCUCAGUGCAGGAGCACCUCCUACUGGUCCACCACAAGGAGAAAGUGCUCAAGCUAUUCUUGGCACCUAGCACUACAUACACAGCCAUACUUUACCUAGUGUUUCCACCUCCUGCUUCUUUGGGGUGUGCUGCUGCAGGGAAGAAGUUCCCUCUUCACUACACCACUGUCAUGCUGCUAAGGACUCACUGAAGAAGCCAUUCUUAAACAAGUUAUUCAUUUGCAAGAACUUUUGUUCUGUUUAAGUACGUUUUUCAAAGGAAUAAAUAUGAAACAUUAGCCAUUACUUCUAUUGAUUUGUACCCUAGGUUACAAUAUAGCUGAUGCAAAAUCCUCUCAAAAUACUCCCCCUAAAUAGUCAUACAAACAGCCCAAGCACGCACACUCCACCUGCACUAUAGCUUCUGUACUGAAAUGUAGGCCAGAGACAGGGAGCAAGAAUUUUUUUUUAAAUCUGCAUGUAUUGUACUGUGUUUAUAUGACAAACACAAAACAUAGAUGAUGUUCUUACUACAAAUAUGAGCCACAUGAGAGCAAAGAAAUAAACUCCACCAAUAUUUAAGGAUUAGUGCAACCAGCAUCAUAUUCUGUUCCAGGUUGCCUUCCCCAACAAGAAUAUGAAGCAGUAUGGAUGGGAGACUGAGGACAGGUGUUUAAAAUAAAACUGCCCACAUGGAAACAGCAUGUGUGGUCACCCUUGCACUCCUGGAAGGCCUGCAGCUACUGCAGUAUGAACCUAUAUUGAAGAGAAUAGCAAUAGUAGCUAGAAACAAAACUAUACAGGCUCCUGAAGGUCCUUUCUAAACAUGCUGUACAACUCCAAGCAAACUAUACCCUAACCUGGGUACUGUGUUGUUCAGCAUAUGGGCCACAAUGAGUUGGCUAAUUAGCAAAGGAGUGGGCUAAGUAGCACCACUGAAGCCUAACUGCACCCCCCUCCAACUGUGUUAGGCCACACCCAUGUGGAAACAGUCUCUGCCCACUUGCUCCCAAUAUCUGUGUCAAAUGCCAAAAAAAAUGUAAAUGUAGCUGCUGUCAGGCACGUACCCAGGGCAUGCCCAGCGCUUCUGUCAUAGGUUUGGUGUCAUGGACCCAGCACCACUCAAAUGGAAGAUAAAUUGCUUUGUUUGGGCAUUUACUGUUCAAGCAGAGUGGGAGAGAGAAGGCAAGGUGUGUUUUCCUGGUGGUCCUUCUAGCACUGGCAAAGGCAAGAUAGACAUGCCCUCAAUCAGUAGUGCCAGGUAGCCUGCUCAAAGCACUGCCUGGGUAUCACUGCUCUGUUUCCAGUUCAGGAGGCAGCAGCACACUGGGCCUGAGGCCAUUGUGGUUCAUAGUAAGUUUGCCAUGUAGCACUGUCCAAUGUGAUUUCAGCAGGACUUAAAAAAUGAACAAGCACAGUUCAUAGUGAAAGCAGGCAGGAUCUGACUCUAUUCAAGUAAAAAUCAAGGCAUAGCAAAGACAUUUCAAUAAACAGGGUUUAUGGAGAGGACAUUUCCCUAGUAGGUCAUGACAUAAACCUUGACUUUGUGCAAGGAAAUUAUCAUUGUCCUUGGGAAGCGUAAUUGCCGUGUCUACAGUGCUUCAGACUGUGCUGGAGAUCAUCACUAUGACAACAUGACUUAUCCACUCACUUGCCACAGUCAGCGAUUGUGAAAAGAAAAAUAAGCUAACAGUUGCUGACCAUGCACCAAAGGUUAGUUCCAAUGCUGCUCUUAGGCUUACUGUCAUGUGCCACUCUAGCUAUACCAUACAUUACAUUCUUUUGGGAUCUGGCAGACACAGAGCAAGCCAGCAAGCAGACAGAGCAUGUUCUCCCAGCAGGACACAACUUAGCCUGAGCAGUGGGGGGUGUAGAAAUGCCCUGUUGCUUCUUCAAAUAAAGGUUCAGAGAAGUUAAUUCCUAGUUCAAUAUUACUAAGCAAACUCAGCUAGUUAAAUGUUAAUCUUCAUUGAUCCGGGAGAAUACACGUCUGCUAUUGGAUAAACUGCUGGCACCUGCAUUGGCACUGCACAGUAUAUAAACCUUGCAUUUUGACAUGUAAAUCCACUCCUUAUUAAACUCCAGAAUAACUGCUGCACCCUGUGAUGGAUCCUCUGGGAGCAAUAACUGGUUUGUUGGUGCUCUGUUUUUUUUGCCUUCUCUUCUUAGCAACCUGGAGAAAGAGACCUGGAAAUGGGAAGCUGCCACCUGGACCAUGGUCCCUUCCCAUCCUUGGGAACGCACUGCAGCUGAAAACCAAGGACCUGAUCAGAACCCUUAACAAGCUACAUGAGAAAUAUGGGCCAGUGUUCACACUGUACUUCGGCUCUGAACGUGUUGUGAUGCUGCAUGGGUACCAGGCUGUGAAGAAGGCACUGAUUGAUCGUGGAGAUGAGUUCGUUUCCAGAGGAAAAGUGCCUGUUAUUGACAAGUUAUUUAAAGGAUUAGGGGUUAUUUUCAGCAAUGGGGAGCAGUGGAAGCAGCUCCGUCGAUUUGCUCUUACCACCCUGAGGAAUUUUGGGAUGGGGAAGAAAAGCAUUGAGGAGCGGAUCCAGGAAGAAGCCCAGUGUUUGGUGGAGAAGCUCAGCAGCACCCAGAUUUUCAAUCUUUCAGAGAUGCCCUUUGAUCCCACCUUCCUGCUGAGCUGUACUGUCUCCAAUGUCAUCUGCUCCAUUGUAUUUGGAAACCGAUAUGACUAUGAAGAUAAGAAGUUUCUGGCCCUGUUAGAUAAGAUGGACGACAAUAUACAUCUUCUGAACUCUCAAUGGGGACAGUUCUACCAGCUGUUCCCAUCUCUUAUGGAUGUCUUUCCUGGACCUUACAACCAGAUAGCCAUAAACUUUGCUGCUGUAAAAGAGUUUAUCUCAGAGGAGUUGAAGAAACAUGAGGAAACCCUAGAUCCCACGUCCCCACGGGAUUUUAUUGACUGCUUCCUCAUCAAGAUGGAACAGGAGAAACAGAAUGGCAAGACUGAAUUCCAUGUGGAGAACUCUGUAAUGACCACGCUGGACUUAUUCUCCGGGGGAACAGAGACAACCAGCACCACCCUGAGAUAUGGACUCCUGAUUCUCCUGAAAUACCCAGACAUACAAGAAAAAGUUCAGGAAGAGAUUGACCAUGUGAUUGGCCGGAUGAGGAGCCCAUGCAUAGCUGAUCGAAGCCAGAUGCCUUACACGGAUGCUGUGGUACAUGAGAUCCAGCGGUUCAUUGCUCUCGUUCCAUUAGGGCUUCCCCGUGCUGUGAGCCAAGACACCCCAUUUGGACAAUACCUCAUCCCAAAGGGUACCACUGUUUAUCCCAUCCUGAGCUCUGUCCUUCAUGACAGCAAUGAAUUUCCAAAUCCUGAACAAUUUAAUCCAGGACAUUUCUUGAAUGAAAAUGGCACUUUCAGGAAGAGCAGCUUCUUCAUGCCCUUCUCUGCAGGAAAACGGAUCUGCCUGGGAGAGGGCCUGGCUCGCAUGGAGAUAUUUUUAUUCUUGACCACCAUUCUGCAAAACUUUACCUUGAAACCGUUCACAGAUCCCAAGGAAAUUGACAUAAGCCCAGCACUCAGUGGCUUAAUGAAUCUGCCCCGACCUUACCAGCUCUGUGUUCUCCCUCGGUAAGGAACACAGAGGUCAUCUCCAUUUAAUUUUGCUUGUAUCCAUUGGUUCAGUUGUAUCUAAUAUGCAACUCAGUGUAAGAAAUAAUAACAGAUGCAUCACAUGCUGCCUAAACUCGUUGGAAUGAAAUCCCCAGACAAAGCAACAGGCUUUUCAAGUACAAGCUAAAAUCCCAUAUUUGCCCUAGGGAACAUGCAAAGCCAAAAGCCAAAAUGCUUAUAACAUGGGUCAGAAUAGUUACCCUAAUAUAAAGCUAGUCAUAUGUAUUUUUAGGGCUUAACGUGCUGUAUCAUUUGGAUGCCUAUACAUACACACACAUAUAUGUGUAUGUAUAUAUGUAUGCAUGUAUAUAUGGAAUUAAAAAAAAUCAACUUCA